AUGUCCUUGCUGUCGGAACGGCAGAAGGACGAGUUACACAAAUCCAUGCUGGAAUAUCUGCACGCGAACAACUUCACCGAGGCAUACAACGCGCUGAAGGAGAACUCAGGAACUGAUUAUACACCUGAACCGAAGUCGAAGUAUGCCGGUCUGUUGGAAAAGAAAUGGACCAGUGUCAUUCGAUUGCAGAAGAAGAUAAUGGAUCUGGAGAAUCGAAACGCUGCUUUACAGGAAGAGCUCUCCCUUUCGCCGGCCAAACGCACCGCGAUGCAAACCGACUGGGUUCCUCGAUCUCCGGCCGCUCACGUCCUCACCGGCCACAGACUCCCCGUGACCAGCGUAGCAUUCCAUCCAACAUACUCCAUCCUUGCUUCAGCUAGCGACGACGCGACGGUGAAGAUCUGGGACUGGGAGACGGGGGAAUUCGAGCGAACGCUCAAAGGCCAUACAAAAUCCGUCCAGGAUUGCGAUUUCGAUAACAAAGGGAACUUGUUGGUGACAUGUUCAUCAGACUUGUUCAUCAAAGUCUGGGAUACACAGAAUGAGUGGAAGAACACGAAGACAUUCCCGGGACACGAGCAUGCCGUCUCAUCUGUACGUUUCAUGCCAGGAGACCAGUACAUCAUCAGCGCUAGCCGGGACAGGACGAUUCGGGUAUUUGAAGUGGCAUCAACACAUCUAGUCCGGACGAUCACGGGGCAUGGCGAGUGGGUACGUUGUGUGCGGCCCUCAGACGACGGCCAGCUACUCGUCAGCGGUUCAAACGACCACACCGUACGGAUAUGGAAUGCGCUCAACGGAGAGGCGAAAAUGGAGCUGCUAGGUCAUGACCACGUUGUUGAAGUCGUCGCGUUUGCACCAAUCGCAGCAUACGGAGCUAUACGUGAGCUAGCAGGCAUACCGAAAACGACACAAAAUAAACCGGGCGCAUUCGUAGCUAGCGGCUCUCGCGACAGGACGAUUCGGCUCUGGGAUGCUCAGACCGGUCAGUUGCUACGCACACUCCAUGGCCACGACAAUUGGAUUCGAGGACUCGUCUUCCAUCCGUCGGGCAAAUUUCUGCUCUCGGCGUCGGAUGACAAGACAAUCCGUAUAUGGGAACUCAACACCGGGCGGUGCCUCAAGACCGUUGAGGCUCACGGUCAUUUCGUUCAGUGCCUCGCAUGGGGUCGGAAGACAGUUGCGGGGGCCAGCCCCGCCACGGCCGGACCCAGCCACGGCCAUGGCGCGCCCGUGGCGAAGGCGGAGGAACCGGAGAAGUUGCUCAACGUGGUGGCAACAGGGAGCGUGGAUCAGACAAUCAAGAUUUGGAUGCCUUGA